AUGCAACUGCACAGUGGUCUGGACCUCCCCGAAUUAACUUCCGCCUUUGCAUCCACUUCCAUGGAUACAAGCGGCAGCCUUUCUGGAUCAUCUUUCCUCCUCGUCCCGUCAACUGCAACGACCAGCAGGUCAACAUCCACCACCUCGCAAACCCAACUCGCAGCACCGCACUCCCUGCCUAACCCCACUGGCCAGCCCAUCACGACAUCAGAAACUCAAGCCUCAUCCAGAACUGCUCCUGCCAACCCACAUGGCCCUAGCAAGAUGCAACAGCUCAUUGAGGUACCAAACUUCAGCGGAGACGGCUCUGUCAACGCCGACCUCAUGAUGAGAGCAUUCAUCCGCUCAUCCAUUGGUGAGGCCGAUGAAGCAAGAAAGGAGAGGUUCGCCACCUACCUGUUUGGGGCAGCCGAGGCGUGGUACAACAUGGUGGCCAACAGAACUUGGGCAGAGAUCAAAACUGCUUUCCUCGCUGAAUACCCCGGUUCUGGCUUGGGUCCUUUGGUACCAUCCCGUCCAGCUUGGGCAGAAUUCAAUGACCUGGCGGCAAAGAUUCCCAACCUGCACGACAUGGCUGAGGAAGUCAUCUUCACGGAGGUCAAGAAUGGAGCGCAGGUAGAGGUACCAAUCUUAGCCAUCCACAAGUGGGCUCGCGACAUGUUCGCGUCCGCUGGAGCAGUUGGUAACAAAGCCGAUGAGGAGGUGAAAUGCGACGUGCUACUCCGCGCAUUGCCGCCAUCCAUCCGCAAUAUUGUCGAAACCAAGCGUGCUGGCAAGAAGCUUCUACAAAUGGUUGUUGCCAUCCUGGACAUCUCUGCCGAGCAAGUCGAAGAGAUUCAAGAGACGGCUCGACUCCGCAACAGACUAGAUCAACACGACAUGCUACUGGAGCGCCUCAACAGACAACCAAAGAUCCCCUCUGGCCUCCCUGCGCCAGCACCAAUCUUCCAGCCAAAGCUGGCAAACUCAUGCCCUUACAACGACUCAGGACCAGUCAACGGCAGUGCGCACCUGACCUUCCGAAACAAUAAAGAAGGCCGGGCGGCAUGGAGAAAGGCAGUACUAUCCUACACAGGGAAGAUCUCCGGAUACGUACCAUACCCGCUCAAGCCAGGCACUGCGCUCCCCGGGGAUAAUGUUUGCUGCAAGUGUGGCAAGGAGGGCCAUCUGCAAGGGCAAUGCCCAGCGUUGGACGCCAACAAGCUAGACAAAAAGGAGGCAAUCUUCCGCCGCAUUGUCAGCUCGCUUCUACGCGAGAAGUUGCGCAACAGCAGGAAGAAGCCUUCUACCUCUGUCUCCGUGGUUAACAUUCAGGAGCGUCCCAUCAGCAACUUCUACUCAUCGGAUGUGGAGGACGAGGAUCAGGGAAAAGAGGAUGGGACCGCCUAA